UGUAAGUGUAGUGCCGUUGUGGAUGUCGCUCUCGUUCGUUUACUGUUGUGCGGAAUCAGUUCUUCAAAUCAAAAAAAAAAUAAUCGAAAACAAAUAACACCAUUGUCAGGCCAAAGGGAUAAAAUUCAGGGCUUUUUCUUAGUUAUACCCAGCCCAGCAGUACUUUCCCUAAUACCCUAUCUAUCCCUACGAGGAUUUAUAGUCGUAAAAAUGUUCUUGCAAUGAAACUUUUUUAGUACCUAUACUUAGUACAUAUUUGGUGCGAUUUUCCUAAAUAUCUUUCAGGCUUUUAGAAAAAUAUGUAAAUUUUCUAAUAAGCUGCAUGUCUUGAUAUGCAAAAAAACUACUUGAAUCAAAAAAUAUUUAUAUCUGGAUGAAAAAAAGAUGAUGUAUCGCUAUUUGUAUCGUCUUGGCUUUCGUUCUUCCGAAAUAGUGCAUUUAUUGUGUUUCUUUUUGCGUGAAACAUAAGCUUUGUUGAUUUUCAUUGCCUCCUUUUUGACUCAACUUCGAUUAACAAAAGCAAAAAUCGAAAUCGACAGCCCUUCGCUCGGCCCUCAAGAAAACGAUAACGGAUACGAUGACGGGUAUUUCAGAAAAUUAUGAUUUCUAAAGUACGAGUGUAUUUUCAAUAAAAAAGGAAAUUGAACUAAUAGUUAAUUUAUUAAUGUCAUCUAUCUGCAGCAUAUAAUUCAUUUAAAAAAAGACACAAUUCGUAACUCCCACAUUAAAUUGUAUACUCGGUGAAUCCAAGACGUCCAUCCAGAAUCCAGAAAAAAGCAAAAGGACGUAAGAAAGAAGUUUUUCAUGUUGAGCAUCUCACGACCAACACGGUUGUCGCAGUGUCACAUCUAGGAAAAUUGGAAAUCGAGUUAAAAAAUAAAAAAAAAGAAAAAAGUGCAAAAAAUCAAAAGACAUCAAAAACAAAGAAUGGAGAAAAAAAUAUCAAUGGCUCAACCAAGGAUCCUUAAAAAGAAACACUUUCGAGUAAAACAUCAAAAGGUUAAGCUCUUUAGGGCAAACGAGCCUAUACUCAGUGUUUUUAUGUGGGGAAUUAAUCAUACGAUUAACGAACUAAGUCAUGUUAACAUACCAGUUAUGCUUUUGCCUGAUGAUUUUAGAGCAUAUUCCAAAAUAAAAGUUGACAAUCAUUUAUUUAACAAAGAAAAUAUGCCAUCACAUUUUAAAGUUAAAGAAUAUUGCCCGCUCGUAUUUCGAAAUUUACGUGAACGUUUUAAUGUAGACGAUGUUGAUUAUCGUGAAUCGUUAACACGGUCACAACCUAUUCAAAUUGAUUCAUCGGGUAAAUCAGGUGCACAAUUUUAUCAAAGCUAUGAUAAGUUUUUUAUUAUAAAAAGCCUGACAUCAGAAGAAAUUGAAAGAAUGCAUGCGUUUUUAAAACACUAUCAUCCGUAUGUUGUCGAAAGACAUGGAAAAACACUUUUGCCACAAUAUCUAGGCAUGUACCGAAUUACUGUUGAGAGUGUACAAUAUUAUUUUGUUGUAAUGCGAAAUGUAUUUAGUUCACAUCUAACUAUCCAUAAAAAAUUCGACCUCAAAGGUAGUACAGUUGAUCGAGAAGCCUCAGAAAAGGAAUUAGAGAAACAAUUACCAACCUACAAAGACAACGAUUUUAUGAAACAAAAAAUGAAGCUUGAAAUUGGUGAAGAUGCCAAAAGGAAACUAUUGGAGACUCUUAACAAUGACGUUGAUUUAUUAACAAAAUUACACAUCAUGGAUUACUCACUUUUAGUUGGAAUACAUGAUUGCGUUCGAGCAGAAGAAGAAGCUCUUCAGGGAGAAAAUUCUCGUGAUGCUGGCGGGCGAAGUGAUAACAGUGAGAGUGAAGAAUGUGAUAGCGGUGAAAGGUGGGCUUAUAACACUCCACCAGAUUCACCUCGGGGUGGAGCUCAAUAUAAUGAAGUAGUUUAUGAAAUUGAUAUAUAUGCCAUUCCGAGUACAGAAGAGCGAAGAGAAAUCUACUUCAUUGCAAUUAUUGAUGUACUUACUCAGUACGGAGUAAAGAAACAGGCGGCCAAAGCAGCAAAAACUGUGAAAUAUGGCAGCAAUGUGGAUGGUAUCUCAACUUGCGAUCCAGAUCAAUACGCUAAGCGAUUUAUAGAGUUCAUGGAUAAAGCUAUUGAGUAGAUAAGGUCGUAAAUAUAAGAAAUGAAAAACAAAAAACUAAAAAUACACAAAAUUUAAAUACAUUUAUGUGUACGAGUAUUAAAUAUAUUAAUUGAAACUUUUAAGAAUCUGUCUUGUGAGAGUAUACACCAGCAAAAUAAGUAAUAUAGUUUAUGUUUAUGUAAAAAUAAGAUAAGAAACAAAAAAAGUAAAGAGCAACAUUCUCUAUAAAAUGAUUCAUUGUAUAUUAAUUGUAAUAAUAUUUGUUUUAUUUUGUACAUUACAUUACUUAAGUUUUGGAAAUAUCCGUUUUCAUAAAAACUUUGUCAUUAAGCUAGACUAUUUUUAAAUAAUAAUAAUUAUUGUAUUUUUAUGUUUUUUUUCCUCAUAAAAAAAUUAUACACUUUGUUUUUUUUUGCUUAUACAGUCAAGAACUGGAUUUUUGUAAUAUGUUUUUAAUUUUUCUGUUACAAAUUUAUGUUUUAAAAACACUUAAUUUAUAUAUAAAAAAAGAUCAUCAAAGUCUAAAUACGAAAUAUUAUACAGUUAAUCUUUACAUGUUUAAAAUUUAAAUUAUACUUUUCUUAAACUAUUUUUUUAUUAUUUUUUUUUUCUUAAUGUUGCGCAUCAAGUAGUUUAAAAGAGUUGGGAGUAAUUCAAUGUGUGAAGAAAGUGAUGAAAUAUCGUCAUUAUAUAAUUUUGUGUGCAAUUGCAUUCUUUACAUUUUCGCCAAAAACAAUCAUGAUAAAUUCUCCUCGCACUCAAUCUUCAAUAACAUUUAGUUGCAUCGUUUUUCUUUUUAAUAAUCUGCAAUAUAUGGAAUGUUUACAUAAGUUAAAAUUUUUAAAUGUGUUCCUUCUUUUCUUACUAAAUAAAUUUGUGAGAGACUUCAUAGCCCCACAAUUUUAGUGAAAAACUUAAACAAUUGAUUGUCAAAACAUUUCGUUCAUCGAUUCUUAAAUCGAAAACUACUAUCGGUUACAAUGUAAGUACGCACAUAAAGAACACAAGAAUGCUUCUAACCCUAUCUACUGUGGGCAUAUUUCAGGCUGGAGCAACUAAAAAUGGCCCCAACUGAUAUAUUUCUGCGGGUGCAGAAAAAAACAGUGUAUGUAACACGAACUAUUUUGUAUAUAAAUGAAUAUGAAACAUUUAUAUUAUUUGUACAACCUAAAUCAAUAUUGGUGGCGUGUACUUGUAGUAAGCCUAAUAAAGCUACGUAAACUAUUAAAACAAACAAAAUUAAAUGCAUCAAGGGUAUUUGUUAUAGACAUAAGAACAUACAUAAAACUAUUCAUGUAUACUGAAAUAUAUUUACCUUAAAAAUAUAAAUUAUCAUUCUUAUAAAACGACAAGCAAUUAAUAAGCAUUUGGAUGGUAAUCUAAAAAAUAAUUAUAAAUAAAAAAAAAUAGUUAGGAGACCAACAAAACAUGCAACUAACUUUCAGCAACAUCCUGGAUUCUUGAAGUUUUGAAAUUAAUACCAACAAAUACGUCAAAUUCCUUUUAUUAAUUUAUAUAAAAUAAAACUAACUAUCAAUAAAUGCUAUUUGGUAUUUUUUAUUAUCUAGUCUUUCUUUUAAUAAUAAAAUAGAAUUUUACUGCUAAGAAGAUGAACAUGUAUUUGAAAAUAAUUAAACACUAAAAUAGAAAUAGAGACAAAGAAAAGGAAUAAUUAAACUAUACAAAAGCUUAAGCAAAAAUAAAACCAAUAAUGUAAAGGAAGUAUCAUUAAAAAAAAAUUUGUGUAAAUUGUCCUUAAAUGUUAAAUAUAUUAUAUAAAAACGAAA